GUGUAAGGAAGCAUUUCAAAAUUUAACCGCCAAAUUUUGCAGGAAAUUUUUUUUCAGUGCAUUUUUGAAUGUGCCUUCAAUGCAACGGAAAUUAACUUGGAACCCGGUGGUAUGGACAUGACGGACAUCUCAAAGUACUUCACAGACAGAGUUCAGUACAACGCUGCCUGGAAUGACACGCUGGUGGAUGCUUUGGAGCAUUGCGUGCGUGAUACGCACAGCAAACUACCCGGAUUCCGAGCCAUUGCCAAUAUGCCACCCACCCAAUCCGGCAGGAAGUUCUGCAACCCAAUGGCGGGGUACCUCAUGGGAUGCCUCCAUUCCUACCUUUUCCAGAAAUGCCCUGAAAGUCUCUGGACUAAUUCCCAGGAGUGUAGAGAUGUGAUGGCAUACCAGGAACGAUGUCCAAUGCCCUUUGCUGUGAGAAAAUCUUAACAAGUGAUGAAAUUACUUAUGGAUUUAUAGUGGAGUUAUUUAACCAAUAAAAUCCCA